GCCCAAUUCCAAAAGCAAAGCUCCAAAAGACCGCGAAACACUGCGAACCGCAGCGCGGGCAGCCCGUUUUGAGGAGCACGGCACACAUUGGCCAUGGCAGCCCCGUCCUACGAAGCUUUAGGCAUCCUGAACCUCCUCUUUUUACUAAUAGGGGUGCUCAUCUUGCUAGCUGUCAAUACCUAUGUCGUCUGGCAGUGGCGCCACCCGGAGGAUCGGAAUGAAUGGUUCUCCGCCAAACUAAUAGUGGUGCUGUCGAUGCUCGCCUCCGAACUAGUAAUAAUAGGAUUACCUCUAGACGUCACGAACAACCAAGGUUCUAGGGACUGUUCGUGGGAGGGAGGCGACUACGCGAAGUGCGGCGGGCUGGACAUGAGAGGCUACUGGGUCGGGGUGAGCUGGCUGCAGAUGGCGUGUGCGCUGUGUUUGCUGCCUGGUUUUUUAUUUGCCUAUGAAGCUUACGAUGACGUCGACCAUACCACAGAGUGCGGUUCUCUUGUUAAAGGAGGUCUCUGUUCGGUAUUGGCUAUCUUGAUAGUCUUCGUGUCCGUGUGUGUGCCCAUGUACCUCUCGUCAGAAAUGAACGCGGUGCGGCGGCCCGUCGUCGCCUAUACAGGUACCCUUGGCACUGUCCAGACCUACUCAAAUACGAACAUGAGUAGUUUCGCGGCGAUGGGUGAUCUGGAUGAAGCCGUGACUUCUUCAUCUUCAGAGUAUCUGUUCUACAGCGUCGACUUCCUCGACUACGCGACAAGGUUAUUCAGCUGGCUGGGCUGGUUCCUGUUCGUGCUCUGGGGCGGCAUUGGGUUGGUGUCAUUACCCGUGGACUACGUGCUAGCGUACAUCUACCGGCCGAUUCCGUUGGACGCGCGGGAAUUAGCGGACCUGAGGUUAUCUGUGCAACGUAGAACAGCGGAACUACUGGAUCUAGGGAGGCAAUUACAAGGUGAACGAGCAGCAUACAAAGAGGGUCCGAAACUAGGAUGGUUGGCAAGGAGGCGCCACGAGGCCGCGGACCAAGUAAGGGUCAACAAGCUGUCCCAGAUGGCGAUGAUCCUCGAAGGUGAUGUGGAAGAACUGGAGAUCUGCUCCGGGAAUGCGAAGGACUACGAACCUUUGCUCUACGUCCUUUAUUUGUUUAUGGGCAUCAUCGCGGCGAUCCACUCGUUAUUGUGGUUCUUGCAUAUAGCUAUAUACAUCCUACCGCGGGAGCCGGCGCACCCCUUCUUAAAUGAUUACUUGAAACAAUUCUCGACGUGGUACCCUUUAUUUGGCAGUGUGGCGUGUGCGUUCUUCGCACUUUAUCUACUAUGGUGUACAGUACACGGGUGCCUGAAAUUUGGCACGAGAUGCUUCUGCAUCAAACUGCACCCGAUGAAGCGCCACGGGACGUAUUUGAAUGCCAUGCUGUUCAACACGGCACUCGUGGGCUUCUGCGCCCUCCCAGUCGCGGAGUUUUCGGCGCACGCCUUCGCGGACUACGCGGCCUACGCGGACGCGUCCACCCGCUUUUCAACAUUGAGACGGCUCCACUUUUUUAGGUUUUGGUUCGCGCCCCUGAAGAAGACGUCGGGCGACGUCAUGACGUUUGCGUUCGUGGCGCUGUUCUGCGUCAGCGUGCUCUGGUUCUUCUUCCUGCCGCACGACGUGCCCGCGUCGGCCCAGAAGCUGCGCGAGUCCCUCGCGUCGAGCGUGCCCGCCAAAAAGGAGAGGGAGAUUGAAAUGAAGCCUAUGUUAAAGGCCAAGGACCUCAAGAAGCGGAACGAGACGCGGCGCGCGGGCAAGGUGUAA